AUGGAUGAUACAGUGCUUUCGCCUGGGAAUAAGAUGGGGGAUUCCGCAUCGGAAAGUGACUCGAGCUCACUAGACGGCGCAGCUAUGCUUCCUCCUAGCACAGCAUCGAGAGACCAGCUGCAAAAACGAAUUGAGUCCUUGCAGCAACAAAAUAGAGUGCUUAAGGUAGAACUUGAUACUUACAAAUUAAGAGUAAAAGCUCUACAAGAAGAAAAUCGAGCAUUAUGGCAAGCUUCUGUAUCAAUUCAAGUAAAAGCAGAACAGGAAAAAGAGUAUAUUUCCAAUACAUUAUUAAAAAAAAUUCAAGCCUUAAAGAAGGAGAAAGAGUCUCUUGUAGAUAUGUACGACAGGGAAGAAGAAUGUCUAACAAAUGAUCUUUCUAGGAAAUUGAAUCAGUUGCGACAAGAAAAAUGCCGUUUAGAGCAAACUUUGGAACAGGAGCAAGAAUGUCUGGUUAACAAAUUAAUGAGGAAAAUUGAAAAACUUGAAGCGGAAACACUCGCUAAACAAACCAAUUUAGAGACCCUUAGAAGAGAAAAGGUUGAAUUGGAAAAUACAUUAGAACAAGAGCAAGAAGCCCUCGUGAAUCGAUUGUGGAAGAGAAUGGAUAAGCUUGAAGCUGAAAAGCGUUCCCUACAAAUUCGACUAGAUCAGCCAGUUUCGGAUCCUGAAAGUCCUAGGGAUAUUAGCAAUGGAGACACAGCAUCAAAUCUUAGUAAUCAUAUUCAAACAUUGCGGUCAGAAGUUGUUAAAUUAAGGAAUCAAUUAACGGUAUCUCAAAAUGAAAAUAAAGAGAAGGUGCAACGCUUUGCCUUAGAGGAGAAACAUAUCCGUGAAGAGAAUGUUCGCUUGCAUCGAAAACUGCAGCAAGAGGUUGAGCGCCGUGAAGCAUUGUGCAGACACCUCUCCGAGAGCGAGUCUUCUUUGGAAAUGGAGGAGGAGAGGCAGUUCAAUGAAGCAUUAAAUGCUCGGUCCCGUAGCGUUUCUUCCCCCGGAGGAUCUAGGCCUUUAUCGCCCUACGCGUCGCCGUUGCUGCCAGGCGCCGGUCUGCCACUAUCGCGGCCAGUUAUGCAUUUUAACAAUCAAGUCCGUCGGCCUAGUGAACGGUUCGUAAAGCCAGCGGUUCCUGGGGUCAUAGGCCUCCCCAGGGGACCCCUGGACCCACCUCCUGUGCCGGUACCGGUGCCUACGCCUGCACCCCUCUCACCUGCGUUGUCCCCUGGCAUGCCUCAACCAGCUAGCCCCAUGGACACAUCUUCUAAGGACUGA